AUGGUCAACACAUUGCACCCUCCGGCGUCGGUCAUUGCCUCAUGGCCUAGGCCGAACUAUAUCGACCCAUCCACAAGAGGUCCUGCUCUGGAAUAUGUCUGCAUCAUCUUCAGUGCGCUGGCCAUAUUCAUCGUCACCGCUCGGCUGUACUCGCGUCUGCUCAUCACGAGAGCGCCCGGUUUGGAUGACCUCCUCGCCGUCUUUGCUCUGCUUUUCAGCAUUGCCCUUUCCGUCCUGGUGAUCAUUGGCAACAAGCUCUAUUACAGCGGUCGACAUGUAUGGGACAUACCAACCAACACCUUUGUUCCCCAUCGGAUCAAUAUCUGGGCCAGCAUGUGGUGCUACAUCGUAGCAGCCACCUUGGUCAAGAUCAGUGUGCUCUUAUUCUACCGGAGACUGAGCGUCAAGUUCAGCAAAUUGUUUCUAGUGGCUACAUGGGUGGGGAUUAUCUACAAUGUCCUUUACCUUGUUGGAUUUGGUCUGGCCCUGUUACUACUCUGCCACCCCGUCUUUGCCUAUUGGAACCAAUUCGAUGUCGCGUGGGUAGCUUCACACGGCUACAGAUGUGGUUCGGAAAACGUCAUGCUUCCGGCCUCGGCGGGAUUCAGUGUCCUGGGAGACUUUUACAGUACCUUGCUGCCACUGCUACUCAUCAUCAAUCUUGAUCUUCCACUUAGGCAGAAAAUUGCCCUCUUCUCCCUUUUCGCUCUGGGAUUCCUGGCCGUGGCUGCAGGGGUGGUGAGGACGGUGUUGAUGUACAAUUUGUUGAACACGGACUAUGACUUCAGCUGGGUGCUGUGGGAGACGUGGAUCUGGGCGGUGGUGGAGUUGUAUGUCGCUCUUUUUGCAGCCAGCGCACCGGCGCUUAAGCCUUUCUUCCGUCGCUUCUUCAUUGACCCCCUCGGAAGCAUGGGUCGAAGUUCAAGGAGACAUUGGUUGAGCCAGGGAGGGGCCAGAGAAGCCGAUCCGAAAGGCACCUGGGCGUCGGUAAACUCGAAAGAAGGAGGACUCGUUGACGUGGAGCGGAUAGGAAUGGCGUAUGGCCGCAACGAGCCUGGAUCUCGGGAGAGUGGCUUUCUGAGAGACAUCGAACAAGACGAGACUCGACAUUUUGAACUUCGGGCGAGCCGCGAUGGCAAGAUGAUCCCGAUGCAAGUGUAUAAAGGAAGCAUGAGCAGCUCUGAGAUGCCCUCGAUCCUGCUGAGCGAUGAGGGGCGCGUCGAUCCCGGGGCAACUCGACCCAUCAAUGAUUGGCCCAUGUCACCUAGCCCAACACACCCUGGUGUGAGAGGGCAGUCGGGCCUAACCAAUGUCUCUCAGCCCAUGCAACACCCUCUUCACGUCGGCCUCCGGGUUCAAACACCUACCAACAUUGCCGAUCCGUUGCAAGGCACUAUUCGGGCAGCUGAUUUGAGGGCACAGUCUCGAGUGGAUCAUUCUCGAGGCCUGAGCGAUGGACUAGAUCCUUUCUCAGCCGACGAGAGACACGCGGGACUGGCGUCUGGAUCAAGGUUGGAAUCUCCUAGCGACUCGGAUGCCGGCUCGCUCUACAUUGAUGAGAAGCCGCCUUGGAACACGAUCAAGACUUCCAGCAGUCUCCAGACCAGAGAGGCAAGCGACAGUGACGAGACGCUUCAUCUGCCUCGGAUGGGCAAUCAUGACUCGUAUACACUGCCAGAAAAGAGGACUGGGAUUGGGUAUGCAAUAUGA